UUAAAGUUUAAACAAAAAAAGAUUGGUAUCUGGAUCAUAUCAUCUGUAAAAAUCCUGAUCGGAGCGUCAGUAAUGAACACCAUUAAACUAAAGCGCUUUGCAUCUGAUGGGUAAAUGAACUCACCCAAUCACAUCCUAUAUGAGAUUAUUCAGAUAUAUACACAAUAUACACAGAGCGGUUCGAGAACCGACUCCAGCCCAGAACCAUGACAGUGGAAAAUGUCUAAUAGUUUAGCUUUAAAUAUAUUUAAGAGGAGCAGACUUCAAAGACUGAACUUUGAUGUUUAUUGUAUUUGUUUACAAGGUGGAACAGUGGGGAGGCCAUUGUUGUCCAGAACACCUGAGAAGACACACAGCCCAAAAAGGAGACCAAAUUGUCGUGGAAAUUAGCAAGUAAACACUCGCAGACCUCUGAAGUUCCUCUGAAGCUGGUAUGGAAAUCGUUGAUGCAACUUCUGUCACCUUGAUCAACCCCACCUACUUCCCUGGCAAGUUGUGGCGUUUGGUGAACGAUCCACAGAUACGCUCAAUCUGUUGGGACGCCAGCGGGGAAGGAAUACUUGUCCAUCAGCAACCCUUUGAAGCUGAAGUGCUAUUGUCUCAAACCAGGCAGGUGACCGACUACUUCAGAACGACGGACUUCAUCAGUUUCGUUCGCCACCUGAACCUGUAUGGCUUCCGGAAAGAACGCACAGACCGUGACAUCUCAGAGAAGCAAACCAACAUCUCUCCCAUUCAGGCCCAAGUGCACCGCUUUUACAACCCGUAUUUCAAACAGGAUAAGCCUCAGCUUCUGCUCAAAAUACAGCAACGCACGCCUCUCAACAAGGCCAAGCUCGCCAGGAUAAAGGUCACCAGCCGGAAGCCAAAACUUUUCCAUCAUGGGAUGCUGAAUUCGACACAGGAAUCCUCUGCCUUAAUGAAAACAGGUUCAAUCUUGCUUGGAAGUCAAGGAAUCCCUUACCACCAUCCCUGUAAUGGCCCUCAGCAGCAGGAGAAGAGGAGCAACACACCUCAUCACUCACAGCACGGGUUUUACACACCAGUGUAUCAGUGCUGUAGCCCAGACUUCUUGGAUUCAACAGUGCCAUGCUUUCAACAACCAGCUGCUUCCUACUCCCCUAGUGGCUAUUACCCUGACUACUCAGUCGGAUACGCUCAUCCGAUUGAUCAGGAUCCAUACUUGGAAGCAGGUGAUGUUCCAGAGUCCAGGACGAGUGACCUGGAAAAAGAGAAAGAGGAACUGGACGCUAUAUUAAAUCUGGCAUUGGAGAUGCAGGUCAGAUUAGAUGAUUUCCCAUCAAGAACAGCCCCGAGUGUGUAUCUGUGCUUACAGUGUAGUCAGUGCUGCCGUAGUACCAUAAGGUCCAAUAAUCGGAAUCCAGGACCAAGAACUGUUUACACGGUUCAAGAACAUACAGUGCCCUCCACUAAUAUUGGCACCCUUGGUAAAUAUGAGUAAAGGAUGCUGUGAAAAUUUGUCUUUAUUGUUGAGUCUUUUGAUCUUUUGUUCAGCCUUCUUUGCUUAUAUUUACCAAGGGUGCCAAUAUUAGUGGAGGACACUGUAUGUGGUUUAAAUCUCACGUUCUCAUAUAAAACUCAUUAGAAAUCAUACCAAAUCAUACCAUGUGGCGGCUGUGGCUCAGGUGGUAGAGCGGGUUGUCUACUAAUUGUAGGGUUUGAUUCCCGGCCCUCGUGACUCUACAUGCCGAAGUGUCCUUGGGCAAGACACUGAACCCCGAGUUGCUCCCGAUGGCAAGUUAGCGCCUUGCAUGGCAGCUCUGCUACCAUUGUUGUGUGUGUGUGAACGGGUGAAUGGGACACAGUGUAAAGCGCUUUGGAUAAAAGCGCUAUAAGUGCGACAUUUACCAUUUUACCAUUUAUAAAUGCUAACAUUUAGCAUUUAUACCACACACUGUGAGUUUGCAUGUUCUCCCUGUGCUGCGGGGGUUUCCUCCGGGUACUCCGGUUUCCUCCCCAGCCCAAAGACAUGCAUGGUAGGCUGAUUGGCAUGUCCAAAGUGUCUGUAGUGUAUGAAUGGGUGUGUGAAUGUGUGUAUGUGUUUGUGUGCCCUGCGAUGGAUUGGCACCCUGUCCAGGGUGUACCCCGCCUUGUGCCCGAUGCUCCCUGGGAUAGGCUCCUGGUUCCCCGUGACCCUGAAAAGAAGUAAGCGGUUGGAGAUGGAUGGAUGGAUGGACCACACACUGUUAAGUCUUGUUGUUUUUUAAUACUCAAAUGUAGUGAUGCACCAAAAUCUUUGUCCAGUUAAUCAGGAUUUUUUUUCAUUUCUUAACCUGUUUAUUAGCAUAAUUUAUGCAAUUUUGAUUUGACUUUCAGGAAAACUGAAUUAGGUACGGAAAAACACUGACACCAUAGUGUAACCAUAAAAUGUUUGCAGUGUAAAUCAGUGUGUAGCCACCAUUGUUAAUCCAUAUUAUUCAUUAUAUUCAUUCCUUAUUUCUGUUCUUGCACCUGUUUUAAAAUAAUCAGCACAUGACUGAACAAAACUUUUUUUUUGUCAUGAAUUUGCAAUCAGAAGCUUAUAGACUUGUUUGUGAGGUAAUGGAUUUGAGUUUAUGGGUGCGUCUCAAUCAGCUCCAUAGUUCAGGUGUCAGGACACUGAUCAGGGAGUGGACCAUUUGAAGGGCUGUCUCAAUAACGAAAUCCUACCAGUGUGCACUGGGACUUAAAAAAUCCCACAAUGCACCACAAAAACCAAGGAGCAUAGAUGUUCACUAUUUUCCCUUACUGAAAAUGACGCCAUGUUUUCAGAAACCUCUCCGAUCGAAAAAUGUGGCAGACGAACGCUGUUGUUGUAGCUCUCAAAUGAUUACUUACGUUAGCGAGUUUUAACUUUGUUUGACGUUCUAUAUGUAGUUUAUUUGAGUCUAACGACUUUAUUGAUUUUUUAAAAAUCUACUAACUAGUCUACGAUCCUACUUAAAGUACCAUGACAGACAAAUUAAUAUGACAUAUAAUGUUAGAAAGAUGUCUGUCCUGCAUGUUGUGGUUAAGUGCCAGUGGUGAUGUUUUACAACGCGAGUACAUAAUCAUGUUACCGGAGAUUGAGUCAUCAGUGUCCUAAUGUGUAGUGAGUCUGGGUCUUUACCAGUGCCCGAGCUCAUGUACACCAUAUACUGAUUCACCACCUAGGGAUCUAAGGAGCUGAUUGAGACACACCCUACUGUAUGUUUUGUGUAAUGUGAAACAUUAAUGUUGGUGUUUUCUAUAUAUUUUAUAUAUUCAGGCUGAAGUUGAUGCCCGGAGGUUGCUGCAGCAAUCAGUCACCUGUUAAGACAGCUUGAGUGGGGAGUGUAUUUUAUUUUGAAAAUACACUGCCUCCCCUGCUCCCCUGACCGCACGGCACUGAUACACACAUACACACACACACACACACACACACACAUA